CUUCUUUCUAAACCACAAAAUAAUCUUUUUCGAUUCUUCUCUCCGGGCUCACUGGCUCGAAGCUCCGGUCAUGGAGUCCGCCACGCCGUUCAUGGCCUCUAGAUCCCUCCUUCUCCCCCGCUCUGUCCCCAUUUCGCGCUCUCCGGCGCCGGAAAUUGCUAGGAAUGGCGUUCAUUCUUGCCCCUCAACCUCUUCCUCCGCUUCUCUGAAGUGCCAUCGCAAAUCCUCGAGAAUCCUCCUUCCUUAUUGCGCUGUUUCCGAUCUCCAACCUUCCAAGACUUCGCCUGAACUAGGGCUUCUGCUUGAAGUCGAAGGGGUUAUUGCAGACAUAUAUCGUUUAGGCAACCGACAAGCUUUCAAUGUAGCAUUUCAGAAGCUUGGAUUGGAUUGUGCAAAUUGGACAGAACCUGUAUAUGCAGACCUGACUAGGAAAGCAAGUGGUGAUGAAGAAAGGAUGCUGGUGCUAUUUUUCAAUCGGAUUGGUUGGCCCACUGCAUUGCCUACUAAUGAGAAAGGAACAUUCACAAAAAGUGUUCUGCGGGAAAAGUGGAAAGCUUUGGGGGAGUUUGCUGCAUCAGCUAACCUUCUUUUGCGGCCUGGUGUUGAGAUAUUUAUUGAUGAUGCGCUUAAGGAAGGUAUACCUGUAGUUGUGCUGACCGCCUAUAGCAAAAAUGGGGACAAAAUAUCAAGGUCCAUUAUUGAAAAACUUGGCCAUGAUAGAAUAUCAAAAAUCAAAAUUGUUGGAAAAGAGGAAGUGGAAGGUAGCUUCUAUGGGCAACUUGUUUUAGGCAAAGGGGUCUCCUCAAGUUUGGAGGAGCAACUAGCUAAAGAAGCGCGCAAAGCUGUUUCCAUGGAAAAACAAAAGGUCGCUGAGGAGGUUGCAUCAACUCUAAAGCUUAGCGUUAACCUUGAUACCACAGCACCAGAAAGCUUUGACAAUAUUGUGAUCACAUUGCGAGCCGGAGCUGAAUGCGCAGGCCUGCCAGUGGACAAGUGUAUUCUGAUUGCAGGCAGCCAAUCAGGUGUACUUGGAGCUGAUCACAUAAGCAUGCCUUGUGUGGUCUUAAGAAGCAGCCUCACAGCAAGGGCAGAGUUUCGUACUGCUAAGGCUGUUAUGGAUGGUUUUGGCGGGGCCGAUUUAACAAUCUCUAAACUCCAAAGCAAGAGAUGGUAGAGGAGGUCACUGAUGAUUACUCUGUGAAUUUGUUAGUCAAUAACAAUCUCUAUACUGUUGUCAUCAAUACAACUUUUGACCUCACCAAAGUCGAUAAUGACUCCGAAGUUGCACUUGUUCCUGAUUACUCUGUGAAUUUGUUAGUCAAUAACGGAUCCGAAGUCGUACUUGUUGUUCCAUGGUUAUCACCUUAUUAAGGAAAGACAGGAGAAAGAAAUACUGAUGAAUGACACUUGUAUCA